CAGACAGACAGGGACGUUAAAGUUAAAGAAGGAAGUCAGACUGCCAGACUCCAUUUCACACUUUGACAGAGCAGCAGGAGGAAAACAGGACUGGAGAAGAUGAUUGAUAUUAUAGAUGGGAAAGAGGACGGAUCCACAGUCUCAAGCUGUCCGUCUCUGAGGAGUUACCGGUCUAAAGGGCGAGAUGCAGACUUCAUUGAUGAACCUGGACUCUUAGACACAAAACAGAGAGCAGGGUCUCUAGUCUCCAGCUGGCUGUCUCUGAAGAGUGACGGGUCUAUGAGUCAUCCUCUACUCUUCAGUGAUGAACCUGGACCCUCAGACACAAAACAGAGAGCAGGGUCUCUAGUCUCCAGCUGGCUAAAGAAGAGUGACCAGUCUGAAGAGGAACCUCCAGACUUCAGUGAUGACCCUGGACCCUCAGACACAAAAGGGAAGAGGAAGAGUGGUGUUCCUGUGGAGGAGCAGCUGUCCAGCUGUGCUCUGUGUCAGGACGUCCUGAAGGAUCCAGUCUCUACCAGCUGUGGACACUGGUUCUGCAGACAGUGCAUCACCUCAUACUGGGAGCAGAGACCUCCAUCAGGAGACUCCUGCUGUCCCCAGUGUGGAGAAAGAUGCAGAACCAGAUAUUUGGUUUUAGAUGAACAUAGGCUCAGUCUGAGGAGGAGAUGUGAACAUGUGACUGAAGGAACUGAUGAAAGUGAAACCCUCCUCAACAGGAUCUUCACUGAGCUCUACAUCACACAAGGCCAGAGUGAAGAGGUUAAUACCCAACAUGAGGUGUGGCAGCUGGAGACAGUUUCCAAGAAAGAGACCCUCCAUGAAACUCCAAUCAAGUGCCAGGACAUCUUUAAAGCCUCACCUGACCAACAGACUCACAUCAGAGUGGUCCUGACCAACGGAGUCGCUGGAGUUGGAAAAACCUUCUCAGUGCAGAAGUUCACUCUGGACUGGGCCGAGGGUUUGGGAAACCAAGAUGUCAGUCUGGUGAUCCUGCUCUCCUUCAGGGAGCUGAACCUGAUCAAAGGUGAGCAGUACAGUCUUCUCAGGCUGCUCCAUGUUUUCCAUCCAACCUUACAGAAGGUCACAGCAGAGCAGCUGGCUGUCUGCAAAGUGCUGCUCAUCUUUGACGGCCUGGAUGAAAGCAGACUUUCUCUGGACUUCAGAAACAAUGAGGUUGUGUCUGAUGUCUCUCAGCAGUCCUCAGUCAACGUGCUGCUGACAAACCUCAUCAGGGGGGAACUGCUUCCCUCGGCUCUCGUCUGGAUAACUUCCCGACCUGCAGCGGCCAAUCAGAUCCCUCCUGAGUGUGUGGACAGGGUAACAGAAGUACGAGGCUUCACUGAUGCCCAGAAGGAGGAGUACUUCAGGAGGAGAUCGAGUGAUGAAGACCUGUCCAGCAGAAUCAUCUCUCACAUCAAGAGCUCCAGGAGCCUCCACAUCAUGUGUCUGAUCCCAGUCUUCUGCUGGAUCACUGCUGCAGUUCUGGACCACAUGUUGACUACAGACCAGAGAGGAGAGCUGCCCAAGACCCUCACUGCCAUGUACUCACACUUCCUGCUGGUCCAGACCAAGAGGAAGAAGCAGAAGUAUGAAGAGGGACAUGAGACGAGUCCACAGCAGCUGACGGAGGCUGACAGGGAGGUUCUUCUGAAGCUGGGGAGGCUGGCGUUUGAGCAUCUGGAGAAAGGAGACAUCAUGUUCUACCAAGAAGACCUGGAGCGCUGUGGUCUUGAUGUCACUGAGGCCUUGGUGCACUCAGGAGUUUGUACACAGAUCUUCAAAAGAGAGAGUGUGAUCUUUGAGAAAACAGUCUACUGCUUUGUUUAUCUGAGCAUUCAGGAGUUUCUGGCUGCAGUCUACUUGUUCCACUGUUACACCAACAGAGACACAGAGGUACUGAAGGACUUCCUGCAGAGAGACUAUAGCAACAUAUUUAGCAGUGAUGAUGAUUACCCAUCCCUGGAUGUCUUCCUAAAGGGAGCCAUGGAGAAAUCCCUCAGAAGUGAAAAUGGCCACCUGGACCUGUUUGUCCGCUUUCUCCACGGCCUCUCUCUGGAGUCCAACCAGAGACUGUUAGGAGGCCUGCUGGGUCGCACAGACAACAGUCCAGAAAUCAUCCAGAGAGCCAUCACCAACCUGAAGAAGAUGAGAAGUGAUGAAAUCUCUCCUGACAGGAGCAUCAACAUCUUCCACUGUCUGACAGAGAUGAAGGACCACUCAGUACAUCAGGAGAUCACAGAGUUCCUGAAGUCAGAGAACAGAUCAGAGGAGAGAUUCUCUGGGAUCCGCUGCUCAGCUCUGGCCAUCAUGCUGCAGAUGUCAGAGGAGGUUCUGGAUGAGUUGGACCUGGAGAAGUACAACACAUCACGGGAGGGACGACGGAGACUGAUUCCAGCUGUGAGGAACUGCAGGAAGGCCAAGCUUUCUGACUGUGGACUCUCAGAGACUGACUGUGAAAUCGUGGCCUCAGCUCUGAAAUCUGACCCCUCCCAUCUGAGGGAUCUGGACCUGAGUAACAACGAUCUGCAGGAAUCAGGAGUGGAGCUGCUGUGUUAUGGACUAAAGAGUCCAAACUGCAGACUGGAGACUCUCAGACUGAGGAGCUGCAGUUUGUCAGAGAUCAGCUGUUCUGCUCUGAUCUCAGCUCUGAAGUCCAACCCCUGCCAUCUGAGAGAUCUGCACCUGAGUCACAACGCUCUGCAGGAUUCAGGAGUGGAGCUGCUGAGAGAUCUUCUGGAGAGUCCAGACUGCAGACUGGAGACCCUCAGACUGAAUGGCUGCAGUUUGUCAGAGAUCAGCUGUUCUGCUCUGAUCUCAGCUCUGAAGUCCAACCUCCACCUGAGAGAUCUGGACCUGAGUUACAACGAUCUGAAGGAUUCAGGAGUGAAGCUGCUGAGAGAUCUUCUGGAGAGUCCAGACUGCAGACUGGAGACUCUCAGACUGAGGCGCUGCAGGUUGUCAGAGAUCAGCUGUUCUUCUCUGGCCUCAGCUCUGAAGUCCAACAUCCAUCUGAGAGAUCUGGACCUGAGAAAGAACGAUCUGCAGGAUUCAGGAGAGAAGCUGCUGAGAGAUCUUCUGGAGAGUCCAGACUGCAGACUGGAGACUCUCAGGAUUAGAGAUGAUGAGACGAUCAGAGCCAAGAUCCAGAAGACCUGUGACUCCGAUGUGGACCAGGAAGUGAAGACAGACAGAAAGGCUCCUGAAUCCUUCUCACCUGAACACACAACUGAGUCUCCAUACAGGUUCAGGUGUCCUGGUCCAGGUGAGUUCCAGUGUGCUUCGACUGGCCUGGUGUUCGUCAUGGCUCAGGAGGCGGAGCUUCUGUACAGGACGGUCCCUUGGGAGGAGAGCCUCCUCCAAUCAGCUGGCAAGCAGGCAGCAGGGCCGCUGUUCGACGUGAAGAGUUCUGUUGAAGCUGCCGUCGUCCAGCUCCACCUGCCACACAGUGAGACAGAGGAAGCGCUGCUCCUGGACGGCCUGUUGUCUGUCGUCCACAUCACUGAGGAAGGCCUGAGCAUCUUGGAGCCGCUGGAGGUCACACGCACUCACGUGGUGGUGAAGGUGCCUCACCUCUCUAAAUUUGGCCUUACCAUCGAUCGAUUGAAAAGGCUUUUAAAGAAGCGGAUAAAAGGCCAAAUUCUGGUGUUCCUACGACCCCCGGGCAGAGAGGAGCAAACACUGGAUGUACAUCUGCUGCAGAAAAACGUCCUUGUGGAGAAGGUUGCUGAUCAACACAGCUGUGCUGUGAACAUCCCAAUCGCCUCUGACUGUAAGCUGGACAUUCAUCACAGUUACAGUGUGCACUGUGAACCUGAGGGCUUCUUCAUUCAGCCUGAGAGUAAAAGAUUUGAAUCAAGUUUUGGACCAAAUUACCAUCCGACAUUUCAAGUGUCCCUGACGACGAGCACAGAGAGAGUGUUUUUGAAGGUCAAGGACCAAGAUGGAAACGUAGUCUGGAAAUAUCGCGUGCCACUGGAAGUUCCAAGGCGGCAAUUAUCCCAGAGAAAUGUACCAGCAGAGAGCAGAGACCCAGCAGAGAGCAGAGUCCCAGCAGAGAGCAGAGUCCCAGCAGAGAGCAGAGUCCCAGCAGAGAGCAGAGUCCCAGCAGAGAGCAGAGACCCAGCAGAGAGCAGAGUCCCAUCUAAAGUGAUCAGUAAAUCUGAAAUGGAUUCAGCCAGAAACAAAUCCCGAAAUGACGGAGCCCGAGAGGUGGUGGACGUGGUGCGAAAUAAAGGAGCUGCAGCCAGCAGGGUUCUGAUCAAUGCUCUCCGUGAGCUGGACCCGUAUCUUUACGAAGAGCUCGACUCGAGCUGA